UUAGUGCACUUCGUGUUGAAACGCGAUGGUUCUGGAGCAUAAACCCAAUUCUUACUCUGAAACUUAGACUGAAAGAACUGUUGCAACGCGCACGAAGCGUUCUUUUGAUGUCCGAAACAAUCGCCUUGUUUUAAAGGAUCAGAGACGUUGAUGUGCGGAGAUUUUGUGUGUCAGCAGAGUUUCGAGAGCAGAGCAGGCAUCCAGGCAACCGAGCAUCAAAAUGCCGCAGCAGAAGGACAUCGUGAAGAUUGCUAUUCAGAUGCCAGGGGCGUACCCUCAGCUCAUUCAGCUCGAUCAGAAAAAGCCUCUCACUUCAGUAAUAAAGGAAGUGUGUGACCGGUGGAAUCUAGCUGGUCCAGAGAACUACGCUCUUCAGUAUGCAGACGGCGCUCAUACCUACAUCACAGAGUCUAAUCGCUUGGACAUUAAGAACGGCAGCAUUCUUCGGCUGACCAAAGCUCCGGGUCGUUGUGCAGACGACCUUUAUAAGGGCAUCCAGAACUCCGACUCAGACGUGCGCUGCGAGUCCCUGAAGCAGCUGGCUUCCAUCUCCACAGACAUCACCUUCGCUCAGGAGUUCAUCAGUCGAGACGGCCACUCCCUGCUCGUCCAGAUCGUAGAGGACGCUAAAGAGGCGCCUCUGAUUAUGACCCACACACUCACAGCCUUCAUGGAGUUGAUGGACCAUGGGAUCGUCUCCUGGGAGAACCUCUCCAGUGUCUUUAUCAAAAAGAUUGCCGGGUUCGUGAACGCCAAGGUGAUGGACACCUCCAUCCAGCAGGUGUCCCUGGACAUCCUGGAGAGCAUGGUUCUGAGUAGUAGCAGCCUGUUCCACCAGAUCCGAGAGGAGAUCACAAUGGAGAGGCUGAUCGCCCAUCUGCAAGUGUCCAACCAGCAACUUCAGACCAAAGCUAUGGCUCUCCUCAUGGCCCUGCUGCAGACGGCUGGAGACGCAGACAGACAGAAUCUCUUUGCUUUUCUCGAGAAGAAGAAUCUUCGCCAGUAUAUUCACAAGAAUAUAAUCCAUAGUUCUGGUCCUAUUGGAGACGAGAUGGCUCACUAUCUGUACGUGCUGCAGUCGGUGUGUCUGAACCACCUGGAGGGCCGAAUGAGGACCGCUCUGGACUCCUUUAGUCAGGAACAGAGAGAGGCUCUGCAUAGUUUGCGGCAGGCGGUGUUCGAGACAGAUGCCGACGGCAGUUUAAGUACCGAGCGUCGCCGAUCUCUGUGCGCUAAAGAGUUCAAGAAGCUGGGUUUCUCUAACAAUAGUAACCCUGGUCAGGACCUGAGCCGGACUCCUCCUGGGCUUCUCGCUCUGGACACAAUGACGUACUUCGCCUCGCGUUACCCCGACGCCUACAGCAGGUUUGUUUUGGAGAACAGUAGCCGGGAAGAUAAACACGAGUGCCCGUUUGCCCGCAGCAGCAUCCAGCUAACGCUCAUGUUGUGCGAGAUCCUGCGUAUCGGAGAACCACCAUCAGAAACGGGCUCCAACUAUCACCCCAUCUUCUUUGCCCAGGACCGGCUGCUGGAGGAACUUUUCUGUAUCUGCAUACAGCUCCUGAACAAGACCUGGAAGGAGAUGCGAGCCACACAGGAAGACUUUGAUAAGGUCAUGCAGGUGGUGCGGGAGCAGAUCACAAGGACCCUGUCCAGUAAACCCACCUCACUGGAGCUUUUUAAGAACAAAGUGAACGCACUGAACUACAGCGAGAUCCUCAAACUGCGCCAGACCGAGAGACUGCACCAGGAGGAGACGCUCGCACCACCCGUGCUCGAGCUGAAGGAGCGUCUGAAGCCAGAGUUGUUGGAGCUGAUCAGGCAGCAGAGACUGAACCGUCUGUGUCACGGCACUCUGUUCCGCAAAAUCAGCAGCCGCCGGAGACAAGAUAAAUUGUGGUACUGUCGGCUGUCCCCUAACCACAAAGUCCUGCACUAUGGAGACGUCGAGGAGGAGACGGAGACGCCUUCCAUCGAGAGUCUGCAGGACAAGAUACCUGUGGCCGACAUUAAAGCCCUGCUGACCGGAAAAGACUGUCCUCACAUGAAGGAUAACAAGGGCAAACAAACCAAGGAGAUGUUGGAUUUGGCAUUCAGCAUUACGUAUGAUGUCGAGGAGUACAGCUUGAAUUUCGUCGCCUCCUCCAGAACAGAUUUUUGCUUGUGGACAGACGGCCUGAGUGUUCUACUUGGGAAGGAGAUGAGCAGCGAGUCCAUGCGCAGUGAGCUGGAGAUCCUCCUCUCCAUGGAAAUCAAACUCCGCCUCCUGGACCUGGAAAACGUCCCCAUUCCAGACUCAGCCCCGCCCGUCCCCAACCCGCCCAGCAACUUCAACUUCUGCUACGACUUCAGCCAGACGGAGCAUUAAAGCCAGACCGUGGGGCGUGAUUUCCUCCUCCUCCUCCUCCUCCUCCUCCUCCUGCUCCUCCUGCCCCUCCUGCCCCACCCAAGUGAGUCGACGAAUGAGGAAAAACUCAGCGGGAGAUUUGUGGAGCCGAGGAGCAGCGAGUGUGAAGCGGUAGGACACAGAAAAGCCCACUGCGGGGUGACGAGGAAAGCCGUCUAAAGAGGUUGUGACAGAGACCCACGCUUUCAGGACAUUGUGAGGGUGUAGGUGUAUGUCAUACAUGUACACCUGUUUCUGUGUGUGUGUGUAUCCAUCAAUAUAAUAUUUUUUUUUUUUUACCCUUUUCUAACAAGUACUGCACUCAUUUAAUUUCUUUAUCUAAACUUUUUUGUUUCAUUUUACUUCCUUAAACUGGUCUUCAGGAAGGUACGGUACUCAAGUGGCCUUUUUGAACCACAACGCUUUUAUAGAGGAACUUAAACUGACAAAUAAGGAGUAACACUCGUACACAAUAUGUAGAAGUACUUUACUCAAAUCAACCAAAUCGUGUGUUCACAUUAUGUUGGAAUUACGGUGAUUACCAGGUUAUACUAUUUAUAGCAUGAUGUAAAAAAAAAGGGGGGGGGGGGCUCUUCAUGGGUAUUUAGGGUCAGUUAGAUCAUCAUGCGUUCUUUCAUCAUGAUUUAAACCUGAUCAGGAUCAUCAAGAUUCCAGAAGCUUUCCCAGGAUCUCUACGUUUGAGACAGAAAUAUUCAAUUCAAUUUUAUUUGUAUAGUGCUUUUAACAAUUGUCAUUGUCGCGAAGCAGCUUUACACAAUCCAAAGAAUUAUUUAAGUUUGUAUGGAAUGUAAAUGUGUAUGAAUUAAAAUGGUCAGAUAGUCCCUGAUGAACAAGCCGAGGAUGACGGUGGCAAGGAAAAACUCCCUGAGAUGGUAAUGGGAAGAAACCUUGAGAGGAAUACACUGUGCAAUCGAUGUUGGUUCAUCUCAGAGCACCGCACACACACUCACUCUACACCUAGGGUAGCCAGUCCACCUACAUGAGAACAUGUCAAAGUGUGAAAAUCUACAUAAGUAACCUGAACAUUUUCUAAUUAAAUGAUUAUUAUCCUUAAGCGUUGUACAUUUUCCAGGGUCUGUAGAGAUACUGUAAUCCCAACGUGAUGUGAACAUGCUGUCUGGUCAGC